AUGCAAGUUUAUCGGUCUUCUCUUUUUAUCCUCCCUAAAAAGGUGAUUAGAGAGAUUGAUAGCAUUUUGAGAUCCUUUCUCUGGUCUGGUGUUGAGUUGAAGAUGCAUAGUGCUAAGAUUGCUUGGAACAAUGUUUGUAAGCCUAAAGGUGAAGGGGGCCUAGGGUUUAAAGAGAUAGGUGUUUGGAAUAGGGCGGCUGUUGCUAAGCAUGUUUGGUUUUUCUUCUCUGGGGGGGAAGGGUCUAUGUGGUGCCAAUGGGUUAAGUCCUACUUACUCAAAGGUAAGAGUUUUUGGUAUGUUAAAAUGCCUAGUGACCCCUCAUGGGUCUGGAGGAAAAUUCUGUCUCUUAGAAAGAAUAUCUUCCCUCUUAUCAAAUUUAUGAUUGGUAAUGGGGAGAAGGUAUUUCUGUGGUUUGAUAAUUGGCAUCCUCUUGGUUCUUUAUGGAGUAGGUUUGGGCCUAGGAUUGUCUAUGACGCUGGUCUUGAUCUUAAUUCUAAAGUUAGCUCCAUCAUUUCUCAUGGUGCAUGGAGUUGGCCCUUCCCUAACUCCUGGGAAAUCAAGGAGUGGAUUGAUUCUACCCCUCCUUCCUUUAAACCGAUGGAUAGUUCUCAGGAUAGUCCUUUGUGGUGCCUUACGGGUGAUGGUGAUGGCAGUUUCUCUAUUCAGUUUACUUGGGACUGUUGGAGAGAUAAGGGUCGUAAAGUCCCUUGGAAUAAACUGCUUUGGGGGCCUCCUUUCAUCCCUAGAGUUAGUUUCAUUGUUUGGUUGGCUAUACAUGAGAGGUUGAAUACUAGGGAUAGACUUUAG